AGGAACGAGCUGAGGAGCCGGGCCGUGACUCUGGUCUGCAACACGUCAGCAGAGGUCCUGCCUCCGCUGGUACGAGCAGACGUCCCGCGAGUCGAGCCUGGCUCCAGAGUGCUCCUCUCCCCCGACACAUUCAGCGAGGAGAACGGCCGGAUCGAGUACUACGCCGUCAUCGUCACCAGCAACGAGUCAUUGUCGAGGCCCACCCAGGAAACUGUGUCCAGCACCUGGUAUGAUCACUAUUACGGACAGGAGGACUCCUACAUGGCUGUGCUGCUCCCCAAUCCUUUCCAUCCAGACAAGAGGAGCACUCCCCAAACCUGGUCGGUGCCGGUAGGAACGGACGAGUGUGGCCAGUCCCGGGAGAUCUGCAAUGGGAAGCUGAAGGCAAACGCUCAGUACAGGUUCAGCAUUGCUGCUUUCACCAAAUACGACCUGGUGGAUCCUUCUGUGUCCUUCACGGCAUUUUCAGCGGCUGGAGCUGGCGCAGACCCCAGUCCUGUUACCGUGCCAGUCGUGGCUGGGAUUGUUGCAGGCUUUCUCCUGACACUCGGUGCGAUUUUCGGAUGGGUCUACUGGAAGCGGGUCCGAUCGAAAAGAACCAAGAAGAGUAACUUAUCGCAAGAAAUGACCACAUACAGCUUGAGAAAUGUCCACCGGCCGAUGCCCAUCCAGAGCUUCAAGCAGUAUUACGAGGCGAAGACAGCAAAUGCCAACCACGGCUUCUUCCAGGACUUUGCGGAGCUGAAGGAGGUAGGGAAGGAGCAGCCUAAGGUGGAAGCGGAACUUCCAGCUAACGUGUCCAAGAACAGAUACCCCCAUGUGCUGCCCUAUGACCACUCAAGAGUCAGGCUGAGCCUGCUGAGGGAGGAGCCCCACUCUGACUACAUCAACGCCAACUACGUCCCCGGCUACGCCUCCUCACAGGAGUUCAUCGUCACCCAAGGGCCACUGAAGAAAACCAUUGAGGAUUUCUGGAGGCUGGUGUGGGAGCAGAGCGUCUGCAACAUCAUCAUGCUGACAGUGGGCAUGGAGAACGGACGGGUGCUGUGUGAUCACUACUGGCCCUCAGAGUUGUCUCCGGUCUCCUACGGACACAUCUGCGUGGACCUGCUCUCCCAGGGCAGCGCUGACGAGUGGACCACGCGCACGUUCAAGCUCUGGCACGAGGACCUACGGGAGGAGAGACAUGUGACCCACCUGCACUACACGGCGUGGCCUGACCACGGCAUUCCUGAAUCCACAGCUUCCCUGAUGGCCUUCCUGGACCUGGCCCGAGGGCACAUGCAGAAGGCCAAGGGUUCUGGGCCAACGCUAGUGCACUGCAGUGCGGGGGUGGGCCGCAGCGGCACCUUCAUCGCCUUGGACCGGCUGCUGCAGCAGCUGAAGCAGGAGAAGGUGGUGGACGUGUUCAAUACCAUUUACACCAUGCGGAUGAGCCGCUACUCAAUGAUUCAGACGUUGGGCCAAUAUGUUUUCCUGCACAGCUGCAUUCUGGAGAAGAUCACAGAGGAGCUGCUCUUGGGCCAGUCUGGGACGGAGAUCUCCUGCCCGAUCCCUCUCAAAAGCUUCCUGCAGCACCAUGCGCAGAAAUCGGCCAAGUCCAAUGCGGGCUUCCUGCGGGAGUAUGAGAUCCUCCUAGAGGUUGCGAAGGACAAAGCCAGCUCUGCAGCGCCAUCUGCAGGCAUCCAGGAGAGCCGCCCUGGCUCCAGCAUUCUCCCAUAUGACCGCUCCAGAGUGAAAUUUUCGCCUCUGGAACAAGGCCCCUUCUCGGAUCUCAGCCAGACCUGGCUCCUCCCGGGCUGCAAUUCAACCAGGGACUAUCUGGCUGUGCAAGGACCCGACAAGGUGACCAUGGAGGAAUUCUGGCGCUUGGUGUGGGACCAUGGCGUCCACACCAUAGUCACCCUGCUGCCAAGCCAGGAGAAGGGCCAGGUCCUGAGUGAGGCAUGUUGGCCCCUGGAGGGCAGCCCAGUCUACACAGAGAUGUUAACCAUCCAGCGGGGCCCGGAGAAGCAUGUCUCGGGAUGGAGGUGCAUUCAGCUCAAACUGAAACAUGAGAAGAAAGUGAAGGAGAGGCAGGUGCAGCGAUUCCUGUAUCCUCUGUGGGGAUGCCAGCAGCAGCCAGAUGUCCAGCUGCUGGUGGAGUUCCUCGCCGCAGUUAGACGGUGCAUGCCGCACAGAAAGCGAGCUGGCCCCCUGCUCCUGCACUGCAGCAGUGGCAUUGGCCAGAUGGGGAUGCUGAUCACCCUGGAUUGCCUGCUGCACCAGAUGAAAGCGGAGCGAAGUGUGGAUGUCUAUGGAGUCACCCUCAGGCUGAUGAGAAGCUGCUGCCUCAUGACCCCGACGCCGGAUCAGUACGUGUUCUUGUACACAUGCAUCCGGGACAUCCUCACCCAGAGACAGCCCUAGGAAGAGCACAGCAGCUCCUGCCCCCGGGAGAGCCUGGCACUAGGGGCAGGCUGAAGAGAGCGCAUCACAGGGCUGUUUGCACAAACCUGACUGAAGCUCCCUCCGGAGAGAAGGGGACCCACCUGGGCCAGAGACACCAGUCAGUUCCCCACCCCUUGAGGCCAACUCAGAUGAGGAGCUAAGGCUGGGUAGGCCUGCAUCAGCGGUUCAGAAUCUCGGACUUUCCUGGUCUCUUUUCCCAGGACGUGGUGGGAGAGCCUAUUGCACAUGCAUUGUCUGCACCAGCCUCCCGCAAGGAGUGCCCUUCUGUCGUCCACAGGGCUGCAGCCCACUCAGCCUGCAAGCACCCAGCGCGGGGCAUAGGAACCUGUCCAGGAUUCAAAGCAUUAAGCGGGGCUGCAUCCCUGCUGCCUGGGAUUCCUGGGACUCUGGAAGGUCUAUGAAUCCAGUCGCCGUAGCACUUGCUCUGGGAUCCUGCCGGCCUCCGUACUGACCUCCCUCCCCCACUGAGUACAGGACAGAAUACAUGGGGUGCUAUUCCUGCCGCGCCUGGCUCAGAGCUGGUGCAUCCUACUGAGCAGGCUGCUGGGUGAUGCUUAUUUCUGUCCAGCAGGAGGUCUGGGAGGCCCAGGCGCUACGCACUGCUUCUCAGAGCGUCGAGCGGAUGCUCCGGGUGUGCUAGUGCCUUUGGGAGACUCUGUGACCCAGGGCAGAGGACCAAGGGGAACAGGGGUGUCUCUCAAUAAAUGGAUCACCAAGCAAUGUGUCUGAACAAUAGAGAAAACAGCCCUAGAAGCAGUGUCCUCUAACGAACAGUAGCUUUUACCGCACACCCUGGCCUGGCCUGCAACCUUCCAGCCAGCUGGACUGGAGGGCACCAUCCCCAAAGGGCAGCCGUGCACACCCGCCGGGAGCACCCCGUUCGGCUGACUUCCAAGAGCUGCCCCUUCGUGCCGGCUGUCCCAUCGCAUUCAGAGCCCGAUACCUCGGCCCCAAGAGCUGAGUCCCAACUGCUAGAGCAGCAGACCUCUGCAGACCCUCAGGACAACCCUCACAUGAGACUCUCGCCUCUCCUAGCUGGGAGAAAAGGGGCCAGACUCCUUCCUCCCAACAGCAUCAUGUCACCCCGCAUUUAUGCAGAGCCUGUGAGCAGGGGCCAGGGCACGACAGCAAAACCAAGAAUAACAAUCAAAUGAGAAGACUCUUACUGGCCAGUCACUCUCCAUAUAACCCUGUCUCUAAGGCCUGCCAGUUUAUGUGGGGGAAAAACAUUAUCCACUAAUUUGGCCUCAGCACACUGCUACCCUCUACCGGGAGAGCAUGUGUAUCAGCCAUGUCCUCCAGUGGUUGCGCUAGAGGAGCUGUCUCUUCAUCCCACUGAGACGUGGGGUUACAGCAACAUACCACCCCCGCAAUGGGACCUUAACUCUGGCCCCUGGAGCUGGCAAUACCCCCACAGAGUGCCAGUAUCGGGGGGGGGGGUGCCAUAGGAAAUAGGAAGAACGACAGAGAGGUUUGUCUUGAUUCCAAUUUGCAGCAUGGACCUGCACACACA